AUGGUCCUGGGGUUUUCAAAGGCUGAAGAGCAAAACCUGGCAUCUCUACUUCUGCACUGCUCACAGCUGAGCAAUGGCAUCCAGCACAUCCAGUGUAUUGAAUAAAUUGUGCCAUUGGUGAAAAAGAUGGAUCAAACCUCUGCAUGUGAUCCCAUAGUUAAAGCUUGUUUGGGUAUUUUGGUAGAGACGUACUUUUCACUGGAGGUGAGGGAUCCCUUGAGAAAAGUGUUCACAAGAAGAAAGUCGAAUCAUAGAAAUAAGCUUUAUGCAUGGAGGAGCUGCUUGAAAAAUGAGAAAGGAGCAGCACUGUGUUCCGUUGGUCUUUUUGGAAGGUUUCUGGAAAAGUUGGCAGAAUAUAGUUUUCUGGAGAUAAUGAAGAAUGCUUUUUUUUUAAAUUAUGGAAACUGUAUUGUUCUGUCUCAGGUGAUGCACAACUUGCUGAUGGCCAUUAAAGUUUCAAUGGUGCUUGUACAGAAAUCACACUAAAGUGUCCAAGGAAGUCUGUGGAAACACCAUGAGUCUUUUGUAUGGCAAAGUAUGCGUAGUUUACUGAGAAGCUCCACAAACUUCCUAAUGGAUGGGAAGUUUAGUAAUAUUCAAACCCAUCAACUCCUGCAAACUGUUCAGGCUACCGCUGGACUGGCCAUUAUUCUGUUUACUAAAUCUAUGUGUGAGCCAGUUGAAGCCAGUUUACUUUAUAUGGUAAUGGGUGGGGUUUUUUUGCUAUUACAGGUCAGUGACUUGCUUCUUGGGUCAGUGAAACACGUGUGUGUGCCAGUGUGGUUUGUGAGUAGCUGUAGGACUUUGUGUAUGGAGGAACUCCCUCACUCGGUCUUCUUUCUUUCCCAUGGAGCACUGGCUAUGCUAGAAUGGAAGAAUAUCAGAAUGGAUGAAAAUGGAGUGAAACUAUUAUUAGAUAUCACAUCAGUCAUCCUUGAGAUAAAAGAAUCCAAUAUGACAAUACCUUUGUCUAAAAUCCUUGCUAUUUGGACUAAUUCAGCAUUGGCUGCUCGAGGCUCCUCAGAUCUAAAAAUCAAACUUAAUGGAAACUCUGUGAUUGGGAAGCUUCUGGAAUACAUUUAUACACACUGGGAACAACCUCUGGAUGCUGUUAGACACCAAACCAAAUUGAUGUUCAUGAAUCUUCUUCAGAAACACUGAACCACCAUUACUGGAUCUGGUGAAAAAUCACAUCCAUUCUUUGUAAGGCUGAUAAAGCAUUUACUAAGUUUGGAAUGGCAUGUCAAAGGAAAAUACACUUCUCCUGGCUGUCUUGUGGAGAGUGUGGGCACUGAAAAUAUACUACAAUUGGACAGAACAAUUCCAAUACAAAUCCUAGACAUGAUGAAUGAUCAGUCCCUUGCUAUCACUAUCCUAGAUAGUGAUUCUUAGGAUCACUGUCCUAGUGAUCUUUUGGAAACCAUGUUUAUAAAUCACAAAGCCCAUUUUACUUUGAGUUUUCAGGAAAGCAUUUGCACUGACCAGUGGCAUGACAUAUGGGUUUCUCUUCCAGUAAUAUUGUGUGAAGGGAACCAUGACCAAAGUACUUACAUGAUAGAUUACUAUUUACCAGAAUUGCUCAAACCUAGCCCUGACAGUCUCAGCUACAUGAUCAGCAUUCUUCAGGUUUCUGCAGAUGCUAAUCUAGGCUCUCGUAGUACUAGAGGAACUCUUGGAGCAUUAAUGGCAUGCCUAAGGACAGCCAGGGCUCACAGACACCUGGAACUUUCAAAUAUCAUGAGGAAUGGUUUCAUACCCACUGAAUGUAUAAAGCAGGUAGUUGUAGCUCAUCAGCACAAUCAGGUUUUCAUUGAUGCCAUAGGUUUACUAUGUGAAAACCAUUGUAGCACAGAAAUGGUGUCUGUGGAAGAAAUGCAACUGUGUCAGUUUUUCAUGAUGUACAACUUGAAGAGCCAGUCUCCUUCAGUAAGACAACGGAUAGUUUCUUUGCUGAGAAAGUUAUUUUGUUGGAUACAAGACGGCUCACAGGUGCUUUAUAAAUUGGAGCAAAAUAAAACCAAGCAAGAGUUACUUGAAAACUCAACUAAAAGGCGUGCUCUGGGGAUUUUGCAGCAAUAUAAAAUAAGUUAAACUGAUUUCAUGUCAUCUGUAUGUGGCAGACUUUUUGAGGUACUGUUUCCUGGUUCAUCACACCCAACCAGAUUUUCUGCACUAAAUAUUUUGGGAACAGCAGCAGAAAUAUUUUCUGUUCCAGAAGGCCAGGCACAAGUUCUUCAGUUGAAUCAGGAGAUUUAUUCUACUUGUGUCCAAACUUUGAUCCAGUGUUUUGCCAGUACUUUUGAGGAAGUUAAAGUUCCGGCAAGUGGGUUGUUGAUGAAACUACAUGAUGUUGCAUUUAAUUUAGAGUUAGUUAUCAAGCUUUUGCUGGUGAAUGCUGAAGAAGAAAUGUUUCAAGAUAGAAAGAAGUCUCUGCUCCAAGCAGCAGCAUCAUUCCUGAUGUAUGGGAAAGUGCAUUGUAUAACUGGGGCUUUGCAGCAAUUACCUUUUAAGUAGUUAACUUUGAUAUUGGUAGCUGAAUGGAAGGAAAUAGUGGCCAGACUCAUUAUAUUGUUCAAACUCUCUGCUGUAGUAGCACCAUUAGUGCAGAGCUCAUCACCAGAGGGGCUUAUUCUAGUGGAUACUUUCUUUUGUCCUUUACAUACCCAAAAUGAAUUACAUUUGUAUCGAGAGAUGGAAAUAAAACCCCAAAAUACCUUUAAUGUGUUGAAAGAACAUUGCAAAGUAUAGUCUGAAAAGCUGGCUGACCAUGUGCCAAUGGAAUAUACUUGCACAGAAAUGAGAGGUGAAGCUAAUGCUGCAAACGUCACAGCUGAAAUGGUUCUUGUGUGUUGCUGGAGAAGCAUGAAGGAAGUGUCUCUGCUCUUAGGGACACUGUGUUUGCCUUUACAGGCUACAUCUGAACCUUCAGAUGGGUUGAUUAUUGUGGGAAGCUAGAGAAGUAAUUUUUACUGUAAAACCUUCACUUUUUUAGAGUGGUGGAUGGGGGAAGGGCAGUUUUCUGAAACCUU